UACUCGGCACAUUUAUUGGCCCCCCUCUGCGCAUCACGUGAUCAAAACAUUCCGAAUGCGGAAGCGAAAGUAGCGUAAGCCGUGACACUAGCGGUCUCCUCUGGAGUUAAAAUUGUUAUUUCCGCUCAGGGAUGCCACAAAAAGACCCAUGUCAAAAGCAAGCCUGUGCAAUCCAAGUGUGUUUACAAGCUAACAAGUACAUCGAGAGCAUGUGUGCGGAUGUGAUCAAUGACAUGCGGAAGUGUUGCCAGAUACACUCAGCAAGAUCUCUCUGCUGUUCCGGUUUUAAAGACCCCAAACACACUGAUGGGAAAAGCAGCACUUGAGUCUAAAGGCAUGGAUUGUUAUUGUGUCAAUAACCAUUUAUGACUGUAAAGCAAGUCUCUGUUGGAACCCCCAAUAAUUCGUUAUAUUUAUGGAAACAGGUUAAAGCAGGAAGUGCAGUGUUAAUAAAGGAGGUCUGAACCUUGUGCACUUUUUGAUGAGUAUAAUAUGAAAUAAAUGGUUUUGCUAACA